CUCGUUGCUGAGCGUCGGGGCCACCGGAAGUGGCUGGUGUAGAGCAGCUGGCGACGGCUUGGUGUGUCUCGGUGCUGGUCAGGCUUAAGAGACGCAGGCAUGCUGCGCCCCAAGGCUUUGACACAGGUGCUAAGUCAAGCCAACACUGGAGGAGUCCAAAGCACCCUGCUGCUGAAUAAUGAGGGGUCGCUGUUGGCCUACUCCGGUUAUGGAGACACAGAUGCCCGGGUCACCGCGGCCAUCGCCAGUAACAUCUGGGCCGCGUACGAUCGCAACGGGAACCAAGCGUUUAAUGAAGACAAUCUCAAAUUUAUCCUCAUGGACUGCAUGGAGGGCCGUGUAGCCAUCACCCGGGUAGCCAACCUUCUACUAUGUAUGUAUGCCAAGGAGACGGUAGGCUUCGGCAUGCUCAAGGCCAAGGCCCAGGCCCUGGUGCAGUACUUGGAGGAGCCCCUCACCCAAGUAGCAGCAUCAUAGCAGUGUGACGGAAGCUGGAGUCAAAAUGGAUGGCGGUUGGGAGGGGCAGGGCCCUGGAAACACCUUACUGCACUGGGUACAGGAAGGUGUGAGUUUUGCUUUUUUCCAAAUAAAUUUCAACUCUUG